GCGGAGUUCUGUCUGGGAAGAGUUUUAGGACACUUUCUCUAGAGAGGAUACACCGGCGAGCAUCCGAACUUGAAACCAGCCUUUUACGCACCGAGCGUCUGUGGAUGCAAGCACCGCUGAGAGACUACUGGAAGUUGCACUCCUGAAAAGUCCGCCGACAGCAGCCAACAUGAAUGGAUCCAACCGAAGUAUGCACCCGAGCUGCAGGGAGAAGCCUCCUCUCGCCAUCGAUAUCAUCCUCAAGUUGGAUAUCUUUGGUAUCAUCCUGUACUCCGUCCUCACCUUCAUGGCAGCCGUGUCCAUGCUGCUUUUCAUUGAGGAGUGUAUCUACAUCUAUAGGAAAGUGCCGUCCCAUAAGAAGAGUGUCAUCAUCUGGGUGAAUGGGGCUGCACCGGUGAUUGGCACCAUGUCGUGUCUAGGGAUGUGGGUUCCCAGAGCCACUAUGUUUACUGACAUGACCUCUGCCUGCUACUUCGCCAUUGUGGUGUUCAAGUUCUUGAUCAUGAUGGUGGAGGAGGUGGGCGGCGACGAGGCAUUCCUGCGGCGAGCUACGAAACACAAACUAAAGAUCAGCACAGGACCGUGCUGCUGCUGCUGCCUCUGUCUGCCGCACGUGGAUAUCACACGGCGCACACUCUUCCUGCUCAAACUUGGCUCCUUUCAGUUUGCUAUCCUGAAAAUUGUGUUCACUGUCCUUUCCAUUGUCCUCUGGACCAACGGGACAUUUGACCUGGCUGAUCUGAACAUUACCGGAGCUGCCAUAUGGAUCAACCCAUUUGUGGGCAUCUUGACAAUCAUUGCCCUGUGGCCCGUUGCGAUCAUGUUCAUGCACCUGAGGCUUGCCUUGCGGACACUAAAGAUCAUCCCCAAGUACGCCAUGUACCAGCUGGUGCUGAUCCUGAGCCAGCUACAGACUGCUAUCAUCAACAUCUUGGCUCUGAAUGGGACCAUUGCCUGUGCACCACCUUUCUCCGCCGCAGCCAGAGGAUACAUGAUGAGUCAGCAACUUCUGAUCCUGGAGAUGUUCAUCAUCACGCUGGUGACACGUCUGCUGUAUCGUCGAUAUUAUGACCCUUUACCUGUAGAACACAACGACAAGGAAAACACCAAGAUGGUCAUGAUUCCUGAUUCUCCAUGAGAACUACCUGUGUGUGUGUGUGUGUGUGUGUGUGUGUGUGUGUGUGUGUGUGUGUGUGUGUGUGUGUGUGUGUGUGUGUGUGUGUGUGUGUGUGUGUGUGUGUGUGUGUGUGGUGUGUUGUUUUUAUUUCCCUGCAAUGAUUUGAUUAAGAGACAACAAAAGUAUAUAUAUAUAUAGGAAUUACAUGUAAAUUAAUCUUGCGGAUGUUCAUUAAGGGUCACAGAUUUGAAGUGAGUACAAGCAACUGACAGCAGUAAUUCUAAUGACCAAAAAUAGAGACCAUGCAAAUUUAUGCAAGAGGCUUAUUUUUUUAACACUUUAUUUUACAGGUCCUUAUUUUCCCUAUACAUUCCAAGGAAUUGUCAUGGAAAGAAUAAUGUAGUCUGGCACUAAGUACAGGGAAAACAGAAAACAGCUCUGGUGAUAAUUUAGUGUAGAGGUUUUGAUUUAUGGAGGAAUUUCUUAGAAAUUAAAACCAUUCAACUAUCAUCAUUAUUUUAUUGUUAUUCUCCAUGCAGUGUUGUGCUAAAGUCAGGAUGCCUUCAAAAAUAAUGCCAUGAAUUUUUAUUUAUUUAUCAAUGAAGUUCAGUGUACAGAAAAAAGUUCGACUUAUAUUAUACCAACAAAUUGUAUACAUCUGCACACAGUUUAUCAAGGUUUUUAGCUUGGAGAAGUUGCUACAGUUAUUGUGCCGAUUUAGAUUGUUUCAUUUGUUUAUUUCUCUUAAUUUAACCCCAGACUGACACCAUCAUGUUGAGAUCAGGGCUAUUUUGGUGCCGUACCAUCUGUUGCAGGACUCUGUGUUCUUCUUUUCACUGAAUAUUGUAUUGUAGAAAUUUAAAGAUGAAUUCACAGAAAGCAAGUUGUUUAUUGUAGUAAUCAGUUCACAUUUGUAAAUGCAGAUCUCAGUCUGUGAGGCUGAAGAGAUACUUUAUAAAGCUCAGUGUGAGUAUUUGUAUAACAUUUGAACUGAGUGCGUCAUCAUCCUAUACACAUCUGUGUCUUUAGGGAGUUUCUUUAAUUCCCUGCUGAGAAUUAUGUGUUGAAAGCCAAAUCCUGUCUUUGCUCCUUGGACUUUCCCUCUCUGCCUGUUUGUUUGUUUGUUGUAAAAGUCAGGAUGACCCACAGCUAAUGUUUGAUGGUGCCUGGUGGGAACUUUUUCACACAUGAAGCAGAAAGACAGUUUUCCAAUACGCUUUUGGCUACAAAGGCAAUAUAACAUAAUCUUAAGACAAUAAGAUAAGGUUAUUGGUAAAUUUAAAUGUCAAUAGUUAUUUUUGAGUCUAGCUCUAUUUUGGGGUUGUUGCACUGCUGUAGAAUAAAUUUGGUGCUGAUCAGGUGCCUAAAACCUUUGCACAUUACUGUAUGUUGCAGACACUUUCUUGUUGACUGUCGAGGUCAGCUUGUAAUUGUAAUUAACUGGAAUAAUCAAAAGUAGAAGUUAAUUUUCCCUAUAAUUAAUACCAAAAAGACUCAGUUUCAGUUUCUUUUCAGUUUCUUUCUUGGAAAUGACUAAAAAACUAUGGGACCUUUAAAAUAAAUUGUCACUGCUUAUUUAUAUUCUUUGUCUUUUUGUGAGGAAAUACUGUAUUUGUAUCUCACAUUUGCUGUCAGUGUUGUAGCCACUGGACCUGUACUGUCACUUUUAUCCUGUACUAGCUUUUUAAAUAUCCUCAGAUGAAAUGUCAUAAACGGUAUGACUCUGA